CUCAAUACAUAAAAUACCCGGAUGGAAAAAAGGUAACGGGAAAGUAAAUUCUGGUCUGAUUUUAAUACUGGACAAUUGUCAGUAUGGAUACUAACCCAACAUCUGGAAAACCAUGUAUUGGAGCCGAAAAAUCAACUUUGAGUCCAGUCGAUAUAGCCAUGCAUGAACUCAAAGAACAUCUGUUAGUAGAUGAGGAGUUUUGUCAAGAAUGGAAGAAAAACAGUCCAUUUUAUAAAGACGGUGAUGACGUAAUUGGCAGUAUCAAUGCAAUGCGGGCACGUACAACAGAAGAAGAUGUUCUCCAAGCUCUUAUACUUACAACGGAAUCACUUAACCUUCAUAUUGAUUCUGGAACAACCAAUGUAGCAGACAAGUUAAAAAAAUACAAACAAACACUUCAAGUUUGUAUGGAUGAAUUGAAAUGUGAUAAAGAAUAUGAAAUAAGACAUUUUUUUGGCAGAGUGAAGGAUAUUGAGUCAGUAAUGAAAGUAUUUUCCAAAGAUCUGAGAGACUGUAGUAACACCAAUUAUAUAGGUGUUUGUUUGUGUGGAAUGGGAGGUAAUGGCAAAACAACACUAGCUGAACACAUUGGGCGUAAACUUCAGAAACGAAAAUGGUCAUUUAAAAAGAUUGACUUCAGGGAACUUACUUCAUUGUUGCAGUUCAUAAGACAAAUCCUAAUAGAGUUUGGUCAUACAUGCUUUGAUGAAAAUGUAGACAGGAUUAAAUCAAAAUUAUUUUCAGUUCUUGAAGAUCAGAGUGAAAUCAAGCAAGACACAUUAUUACUACUGGAUAAUAUUGAUGACAUUCACAGAGACUGGGAUGAAUUACUCAAAUUUCUGGAGCAACUUAUGAUACUUCUGAAUAAUAACACAGAAAACAAGAUUAAACUUCUUAUAACAUCAAGAAAAAAACUAAUGUCAGAGAAAGAAAUCGGGGUAUAUGAAACUAUAACAAAUUUCUUCAAAAGUUCACCAACAGAACUGGAUCGAUUUGAUGGGUUAUGCCUAGAGAGAGAAUUAGAAACACUUGGUUACGACGACUGUUCGAAACUUGUUAGCUCAUUAUUACCAAGAGAAAUACAAAAACAGAUAACUUCUAAUCACCUUCAAAAACUUAUGUCAUCAUGUGGCUUCAAUCCUCUUCUUAUUCAUACCAUUUGUGACACACUGAGAAACAAUGAGGGCAGUUUACCGGAUAUGCUUGGAAAUAUGCGAUCUUGUGUGAUGCCAUUAACCGACCGUUUGAAGUCCAACUCGUGUAUUGAACAAACCUUUCUGCAAAUGAAACAAGAGCACCAAAUAAUUCUAGUUCAAUUGCAUGUUUUCAAAACUUGUCGAUUCAACAUGAAAGCUGUUAUGACAAUAACUGGUGCAUUAGACACACUAUCCCUUCAGAUUAAAAUCAUGAACUUAAAAGCUCAUCAUCUGAUAGAAAUCCACACAGUAGGUUCAACUAACUCAUCUGAGGAAACAAGUUUUUCAUUGCAUCCAAUGGUUUCUAAUUUUUUGAAAGAAGCUUCAAAGAAGGCUGAAAUGACUUCAAUUUUUAAAGAAGCUGUUCGUGAAUUCAUGAAAUGGAUGCAAGAUAAAAUUGAACAAUACGAAAACACGCUAGAAAUAGACUACAAGAAAGCUCAAUACAUAUUCGUACAAAACGAAGCCCAUUUUUUAAAUUUCUGUAAAUAUCUGAAAAAAGACCCUUCUAAUGGAUCAAGAACUAUCAAACAAAAUAAACAGAUUUCCGAAGUAGCAGAUCUAAUUCUAAAUGAUAAAAAGAAGGCCGAGUUAAUCGAAUAUCUUCGGAAAAGAUCAGAAAAGGAUACAGACAAAUUGAGUGCAUGUUUUUGGUGGUUAGAGAACGCAGAAUUGGAUUUGGAUAUGGACAAUAAGGAAGUAAUUAAUUCGGUAAAUGAUCAGGCCAAGAUUUUAAAAAGUAUUUCUUCUGAACAUACUGCAGGGGAGCUAAUAUCAGUUAUCGCCAUUUUAAUGUUUCUAAAAGGUAGAAUUUAUUACCGAUUUGAUGAGUUUGAUUAUGGAUAUAAAGCCGUUUAUACAGCCAUCUAUAUACUAACUGACGCUGAGAUUGAAGGUAUAAAAUGGGUAGUAAAAUCCUUUAAAACAUUGCGCUCAAAAGUAUUCAACCUAUUGGGAUGCCUUUUACUAAGAGAGAAACGAAUCAUGGAAGCAUUCCACUGUUUCAUCAAAGCGUUUGCAUUAAUGACUAAAAAGACCUGCAAGGCCAGAAGUCAGAACAUGGCAUUAUUCAUUUCCAAUAUUGGUGCAUGCUUCUUUCAAUGUGGUCGUAAAAUGUUAAAUGAUAAACUAGAAUUUGCACAGCAACAAUUUUUAGAAGCGAUGAAAUUUUCCCAAAAAGCCAUUAGACUUAGACAAACAAUGGGACAUGAAAAAUUUAGCACAUAUGCAUUUGAACUACAGAAACGAGGUAAAGUUUACUUGGAGUUCAAAGAUUUCAACAGUGCAUUGGCAGAUUUUAAAACAGCACUAGGAAUACACAUGGACAUAGAAACAAUGCCUCAUUCAAACAUAACCCUUGCUUUACAUCUAAUUGGUAAAACAUGCCUUCUACAAGGUCAAUAUCAAAUAAACAAUGGUCUCCAAGGUGUUGGAAAAGAACAUUUAGAGUUUUCCCGGGUAUUGUACGAUAGUAUAGCAGAUCUUAUUUACGACUGUGGACUUACUGGAUAUACCGAGGAAUACGAAGCGAUAAAGUCUAACCAUAUCUGGCUUCUCAAUGAUCUUAAUGUACCUGCUGAAUCAGUCAAUAAAUUCAAAGGUCUAUACAAGGAGUGUGAGUCAGGUAAAAGGGAAUCGGCAUGGAAGAAAAACUCAAGACGAGAAGUGAAAUUUCAAAAACGAUAUAAAAACGUGCUUGAACUAUUGGGCGAAGAUAAAUUACUGCAGGUUUUAGACGAUCAAACCAAAACAGCUGUUAAACAAUGGGUGACUAAUGCAAAGGAAAGCGAACCUUUGACUGACGAAGAAUUUGAUGACGUUCUUCCAAUCGUAUUAAAUAACAUCAGUGAUGAAACAAUAAAUGACGAAAACGAUGAGACGUUCUUCCAAGAGUUGAUCUCCAUUGCACACAAGCAAUAUCACAAAGACUGUAUACAUGGUGUCAUAUCGAGCUUAAAAGAGAUGUAUCAUUCUUCAGAUGAUAUGGAAUUGGUUACUUAUUGCAUAAACCAUUGUAAACAAGAAAAACAAACAGAAAAUACUAAAAAAGACGGAAAAGAGACGAAAAGAAAACGACGUUGUAGUUCAGAUACUUCUUUCUAAUAUUGAUAGUAACGAAUUCGGACAAGAAUCUGGAAUUCACUGUAUGAUAAUGAAUACAGGUUGAUUCAAACUUAAACAACUAGAAAACGAUGUUGACUUUUAUACAUCUAGAUACGUUUAAAAUGAUAAAAUUAUCUAAGUGAAUAAAUCUAUGUACACAAAUGUAUAGAAGUGUCUUGAAAGUAGAAUUUAUAGUUCUUUGAAAGCAAUGUUUGCCAUAGUCACUUUCCCAAAUCACAAUACUUGUGACAUACUUAUGUGGCAGAUGAUUCAUUUGGUGUACAACGACAAUACUUGGUUUUUGGGACGUUUGACUGCUGUCGUGUGAAGUAUAACCAAAUUUUCUUUUAUUUAUGUAUAUAUUUUAUUGUGCUUAGCAUUUGAUUUAGAAAAAUGAAUCUUUUGUCAACUUUUAAUUUAACAAAUAUUUACUUAGCAUUUGAUUGAGAAAAUUGAGAAAAUGAAUCUUUUAUCAACUCUUAAUUGGACAAAUAUUCUUCCAGAUAGAAACUAGCUGACGUUUUUUGAGAGGGAUGUAGUGGUAUCUUAGUGGUAUAUUUUUGUUACUUGGUUGUCUUUUCAAUUUUGUUUUUAUACAGCACUAGUCAAUUUGCAUUGUUUAUUAUUAUUUAUACAAUUAAACGUAUGAUUUACUA